AUGACCACCUCCGUUGAAACAACCGCAUUGAUUGCGAGCCAACCUGCAAACUCCGGCAAGCCUCACAGCCUUGAAAGUGACAGAAUACUAGCCGACGUAAAGCGACAAUUGCUGGACCUGAACGAGCAACUGCGGCAGGCGCACAGGCGCGACCCAACCACCAUCAACAGGAACAAUCAGACCGGCCCCUCCUCCAACAUGAAGCACAGCCGGACACAAAGAGGCACUGGCCAAUCCGACCACCCGGCAGUAUGCAGAAACUAUCUACGAGGCCGUACAUGCUUCAAGGGUAACAGAUGUCCUUGUUUUCACUCUCCCCACGCUCAAGCUCACAUAGCGACCACUGAUGCCACCUUACCCGGAGAAGACAGGGAGCAUCAUAUCACAGAUGACUGCAGUUCCGGCAAUAAUAGCCAAAACACAGCAAAACGGAAAACACGCGGGCAACUCCCAGCACGCUUCCAAGACUUCCGUCACCGCUUUCUCUUGUAUGAACCGUCAUAUCUAGAUCCCAGCUCACUUCCAGCGGUUUUUAGCACCCUGAGCAUCCAGCCUCCCCUGAUUCGCGACUUUGACGCGCCCAGCUCAAGUCGACCAAGCCCAGCAGCGGACUCCAGACCCAGCCAGCUCCACUCACGUCCAGCGCUUCGCUAUCUGCCUUCCCUCUGUGACAAACCAGCUCACUCCUGCAGCUUCCAUCCACUCCUGCACCUUCCAGCAUUCCUGCAGCUUCCAGCACUCCUGCAACUUCCAGCACUCCUUUGCCGCCCAGGGAAACGAAUAGACCGACAGGCAGCGACGACGAUCCCUGUCGGUACUCGCUCACACAGUCGUCUCUUCUACGUGUGGGACCGUAACAAUGGCCUCAAAUUCCUAGUUGACACUGGCGCAGCCAUCAGCGUAAUACCACCCACCAACAGAUCCGCCUUGAAACCCACCCCAUUCCAACUUCGAGCGGCAUACGGCUCCACCAUAGAAACCUAUGGGAACAAGGAACUUACCCUGAAUAUCAACCUCAAGCGCGACUUCAAGUGGAUAUUCACCGGAGUUGACGUCAGGAUACCCUUGCUCGGUGCCGACUUCUUGGCGCAUUACAACCUGGCUGUCCAUAUGAAGACAAGGACCCUGUCCGACAACAUGACAACCAUCAAGAUCACAGGGAUCCCAUCGAGCUUCAACACAACUAGGAUCAGCGUGGCAACACAGCACGACCCACGCUACGUAGAAAUCCUGCGCCGGUACAAGCACCUCACGCAACCCAUCAAACCAACUGAUGCAGGCGACCAUCAGACCCAACACCAUAUAAAGACCACCGGACAACCAGCAUAUUCACGGCCACGACGACUCCCUCCACACAAAUUAGCAUAUGCCAAGAAAGCGUUUGAGGAGUUGCUGGCCGACAAUAUCAUCCGACCCUCAGACAGCCCAUAUGCCUCACCACUGCAUCUGGUACCCAAAUCCGACGGGGAUUUCAGGAUCUGCGUGGAUUACCGGAAACUCAACGCGUCCACAGUGCCCGACCGGUACCCUGUUCCGCACAUCCACGACUUUGCCUCAGGCAAUCAUCACCAACUAUCCACGUUCCACAACAGCUUCAGGACUGCGAGUUCAUUUUUGUCCGAAAAUGACGCGGUAAAGAAACCACUAACACCAACAUACCAGGGUCCAUUCAAAGUCUUAAAACGCUCUGAGAAGCAUCUCACCAUUGAUCGAGGAAGCCGGACGGACACCAUCUCCAUCGACAGAGUCAAACCAGCUUUUCUGGAAAAAUCCCCACACGGAGGCAGAACCCGUCUCAACACACCCAGAACCCUCACCUGCCUCAACAACCACGCAAUCGCAACCAUCACAACCGAGCGUCACCGCUUUCUCUUGUAUGAACCGUCAUAUCUAGAUCCCCGAGACUUCGCAGCGGUUUUUAGCCGGCCCGGGGAGCAGCCCUCCCCUGCCGCGACUUUGACGCGCCCAGUCAAGUCGACCACCCAGCAGCUGGGGACCCAGCAAAGUCAGCAGUCGUUCAAACAGUCCUCUUCAGGGCUAACUUCCGAAAGUCAUUCGAUCACCACUCUUCGACCAGAACUUUCGACUACUGCCUUCCCUCUUAAAUACCGCCGGCCCGGGAGCAGGGAAGCCUCCCUGAUUCGCGACUUUGACGCGCCCAGUCAAGUCGACCAAGCCCAGCAGCUGACGGGACCCAGCAGCAGUUGUUCAGUCGUUCAAACAGUCCUCUUCAGGGCUAACUUCCGAAAGUCAUUCGAUCACCACUCUUCGAGGCUCCACUCAUUUCACUCUUCGCUACUGCCUUCCCUCUGUGACGCCAGCUCUCUCCUGCAGCUUCCAGCUCUCUCCUGCAGCUUCCAGCUCUCUCCUGCAGCAUCCAGCACUCCUGCACCUUUCAGCUCACUCCUGCACCUUGCAGCACUCCUGCACCUUUCAGCACUCCUGCACCUUCCAGAACUCCUGCAGCACUCCUGCAGCCUUCAGCUCACUCCUGCAGCUUCCAGCUGCACUUCCAUCCUCCUGCAGUUUAUAUAA